GGCGGCGGUGCUAGAGCGCAGGGACCCCUCCCCACGGGCAGGCGCAAGACGCCUUACCGGCUCCCGGCGGGUACGAAAACAUCCAACACUUCAGCAGCUCAAACACACACAGAGCAAACAUGAAUGAUAUUUCCCAAAAGGCUGAGAUUCUGCUUUCUUCAUCUAAACCUGUCCCCAAAUCGUAUGUGCCCAAACUUGGCAAGGGUGAUGUAAAGGAUAAGUUUGAAGCCAUGCAGAGAGCCAGGGAAGAAAGAAAUCAAAGGCGAUCUAGAGACGAAAAGCAAAGAAGAAAAGAACAGUAUAUUAGAGAGAGAGAAUGGAACAGGAGAAAGCAGGAGAUUAAAGAAUUGCUUGCUUCUGAUGAUGAGGAGGAGGUUUCUUCUAAAUCAGAAAAGGCUUAUGUCCCAAAGCUAACAGGCACUGUUAAAGGUAAAUUUGCUGAAAUGGAGAAGCAAAGACAAGAGGAAGAAAGGAAGAGAACGGAGGAGGAGCGAAAACGCAGAAUCGAGCAGGAUAUGUUAGAAAAGAGGAAAAUACAGCGUGAAUUAGCAAAAAGGGCUGAGCAGAUUGAGGACAUAAACAAUACGGAAACUGAAUCAGCACCAGAGGAAGGAGAUGAUUCACUGCUUAUAACAGUAGUGCCUGUCAAAUCAUAUAAAACAUCUGGAAAAAUAAAGAAGAAUUUUGAGGAUGUAGAGAAAGAACAAGGAGUAAAAUGUGAACAGCAACAGCGCACUCUCAAGGAGGCAAAGUGUCUUUCAUUGGUCAUGGAUGAUGAACUGGAAAAUGAAGCCAAAAAGGAAACACAUUUUCCUGGAAAACUGAAACUAACUUUUGAAGAAUUGGAGCGACAAAGACAAGAAAACCGAAAGAAGCAAGCUGAAGAGGAAGCAAGACAACGUUUAGAAGCCGAGAGGCGUGCUUUUGAAGAAGCAAGGAGGCAAAUGGUAAAUGAAGAGGAGGAAAACCAAGACACAGGAAAUAUUUUUAAAGAGUACCGCCCUGGCAAACUCAAACUUAGUUUUGAGGAACUAGAAAGGCAAAGGAGAGAAGAUGAAAAAAGAAAAGCAGAAGAAGAAGCCAGGAGGAGGAUAGAGGAAGAAAAGAAGGCAUUUGCUGAAGCACGGAGAAGCAUGGUAGUAGAUGAUGACUUCCCAGAGUUGUAUCAAACCAUUUCUCAAGAAUCACUUACACCGGGGAAACUGGAAAUUAAUUUUGAAGAAUUAUUAAAACAAAAAAUGGAAGAAGAAAGACGACGCACAGAGGAGGAACGGAAGCAUAAACUAGAAAUAGAGAAACAGGAAUUUGAACAGCUGAGACAAGAAAUGGGAGAGGAAGAGGAGGAAAAUGAAACUUUCGGACUGAGCAAAGAGUAUGAAGAACUAAUUAAAUUAAAAAGGAGUGGUUCUAUUCAAGCUAAAAAUCUAAAGAGCAAGUUUGAAAAAAUUGGACAGCUAUCGGAAAAAGAAAUACAGAGAAAGAUAGAAGAAGAAAGAGCAAGGAGGAGAGCAAUUGACCUUGAAAUUAAGGAGCGAGAAGCAGAAAACUUCCACGAGGAAGAAGAUGUUGAUGUAAAGCCUGCAAAAAGAAGUGAGGCUCCAUUUACUCAUAAAGUGAAUAUGAAAGCUAGAUUUGAACAAAUGGCUAAGGCAAGAGAAGAGGAAGAGCAAAGAAGAAUAGAACAACAAAAAUUAUUACGAAUGCAGUUUGAACAAAAAGAAAUUGACGCAGCACUACAAAAGAACAGAGAGGAUGAAGAAGAAGAAAGCAGCAUCCUGAAUGGCUCCACUACUGAAGAUGAAGAGCAAACAAGAUCGGGAGCUCCAUGGUUUAAAAAGUCACUCAAAAACACGUCAGUUGUAGACAGCGAGCCAGUCAGAUUUACUGUUAAAGUAACUGGAGAACCCAAGCCAGAAAUUACAUGGUGGUUUGAAGGAGAAAUACUUCAAGAUGGAGAAGAUUAUCAAUACAUUGAAAGAGGAGAAACUUACUGCCUUUACUUACCAGAAACUUUCCCAGAAGAUGGAGGGGAGUAUAUGUGUAAAGCAGUCAACAGUAAAGGCUCAGCAGCUAGUACCUGUAUUCUUACCAUUGAAACUGACGACUACUAGGCUUCCUUCUCCCCUUGGAAAUUCUCUCUCCAACUUUCUUACUACAUCCAUCUUUUCUGUGGCGGGGCCAAAAAAGGAAAACAGAAGUGCCACUAUGUUGACUUCAUAAUUCCUUUCCCUAAAGUCUUCAAAACACAAAACUCAUCCAAAGAAUCUCUUUUCUGAAUGAGUCAUCAUAGCUAUUACCACGGUAUGCAGCAGCAGACAAUUAAUUGGGAAUUGGGAAAUGUAUUCAGAAUUUUUUAGAACAUGAAGAAGCUGUAUAUGUACUUCCCAUAAGCUCAUAGCUGAACAUCAUUAUUUUGCAUGACACAACCGUCAUUUACGAGCUUUUACAUCUAAAUUAGUCUGCAGUUAGCUGGCACAGAAGCUGAAACCGAUCAGUAAGUAGGACCUUUUUCCCUUAGUACUACAUAAAUUUGAUUGCUGUAGUUUCAAAGUUUUUGAACCAAGGAAUAUCAUUCUUGAUUCAUGAGAAAGGAGAAGCAUGAAGAAAACCAAAAAAUUCAUGUAGUUUUGCUAAACAAAACCUUAUAGAAACCAUUGUGUUCUGAAUAUUUAACUUAUAAGCAAAUUUAUGUUGUGAUCCUGCCUGAAUAAAUUGUAUUUUAGUGAGAAAACUUUGUAUCAAGUUUAUGAAGGAAAAAAUAUUCUGUAGAAGUAGAAGUUUCAAGAUUUAUGAGGAUUAGGAAAAAGUGGCACAGCUUUCAAUUUAGAACUGUAAGUAUCAAAUAACUUUGUAAAUAAUUAGCUUUCAUGUUUUAUUAUAUCAAGUUGUUUUGUAUUUUAAUUUUCUGGAAGACUAUUUUACAAUGUAAACCCAUGAAAAGCUAAUUGUGUAUUAAAGAAAAAUCUUUUAUG